AUGCGCGCCACUUUUUCUGUUGCGAUUCUUGCGGUUUUCCUUGUUUCACAACAAGUAAAUGCCGGAUUUCUGGAUAAGGUUUCGAAUUUUUUGAGUGGAUCUAGCUCUUCUACAGUGGCUCCGGAUAGUCUUUUGGGCAAGUUGCAGAAUUCGAGUUUUGGGCAAGCUGUGGCGAAUGGUAUUGAAACAUAGUGAGUUGAGCAAUCAGGAUUCUUUUAUUUUUAAAAUACAUUUUCAGCAAUGACUACAAAAACAGUAGCAGCGGAAGUGGUAGCAGCAAUUUGCUUUCCGCCGCUCAAAAUUCCUCAUUCGGAAUCGCCAUUGCCAAUUACCUCGGAGGCAAUAACACAAUCAAUCUCGGUAAUAGCUCAUUUGGAGAUCUUGUUAUGAAUGGAAUCAAUACUUUGUGAGUAGAAGCUCAGGAACGUUUAUUUUAAUCCCAAAAUCUUCCAGCAUGAAUGGAAACAGUACCCAAGGACAAAUGUUCCUCGCAAAUCAUAUUCCAUUUUUGGCGAAUGCCUCUGCAAAUGCAACUGCUGCCUUCACAGCUCUCCUUCCGCAAAUGUCCAAUUUAUCUGUGGCUGAUUAUGAAGUUGCGAUGAGUAACUGGGCUGCCACGUGGAAUCUCACCGUAAGUUGAAGAUUGCUUGGAAGAGAAACACUAAUUGUUGUGGCCUAGGAUCCGACACAGCAAUCUUUUAUUUGUUAAACAGAGUUAUCCCAAAUUCCAGGAUGUCUACAACGCUCACGUCGCUCAAAUGGAAAACAAAACCGCUCAAGCUGAAUCCAACGCUUCAAGAAUUGUUUUGAGCCUUGACUUGGUGCUUAGCAACAUUAAAUCAAUUCAAAAUAACAAAAAUCAAACAAUGGUUCAAAUGAUAAAUGCGACUGCAAACUAUAUGAGCACUUUGGAUGAUGAUACUAGAGCUGUGAGUUGAAAAAAAAUCAAUUCUGAAUCCAAUGACCUCAAACUUCUAGAUCAUCUUCAUCCUCUAUCGCUCUGUUUUGCCACCAGCACUCCAACAAGCUGGAACUUGCGCAGUUUCAGGCGGCUUCUCGAACCUUAUGCAAAAAGCGGGUAACUUCUUCAGCGGCGCAUCUUCCAAUGGCAAUUCAACCGCUACGAUGUUUGGGUUGAACGCGAAUAUGUUCCAAAAUUUCUUCAAUCGUAAUAAUGCGACGAUUCCUGAUUUUUCGAUUGGUGUUCAGAAUGCUUUGAGUGACACAGCUGAUGUUGAAGUUGCGGUUGUUGAAGUGACAACCAAGAAGACGAAGACCACUAAGAAGAAGACUACCAAGAAGCAAAAGACUACCACAGCUGCACCAUCUAGAAAAUAA